AUGGUAUUAGCUAAAUUAAAUGAAAUGCCUACUUUAACAAAAAUUGAUAGUUAUAAUGAUAAUUCAUUGGAAUUAAAUCAAAAUAUGGAUGAUGGAGAUGGUGAGGAAGAAGAAAGUUCAGCAAUUACAGAAGAUGAUCCAAAUUCAAAUUCUAGUUCUGUUCAUUCUUCAAAUGUAUAUCAUAAAUGUACUGCAAUACGUAAGAGAAAAGAUAAUAUUCUACGUCGAUUAAAUGCAAAAUCAACGGAUUCCCGUAGUAAAUGGAUUAAAUUCUCAUCUAAUUAUAAAUAUGAUAUAAAUUUUAAAAAUUAUCUUUUCUAUCAAAAUCAUAUAGAUCAAUUGAAACAUUCAAUAACAAAAUAUCCAUUCAUAGAUCAUACAAUUUUACAUAAAUUAGCUCAACGUACAUUAGAAACGAAUAAUAAUUCAUCAAUGGAAUUAACUCAUUUACCAAAUCAUAAUGAAGAGAAUAAUGAAUUGAAGUCUAUUCAUGAUUCCUUUACUUGUGAUUGGUCAAAUUCAAAUCAUACACUUGUACGUAGAUUAAAUGAAGCGCCAAUUGUAACAGGUCCUUCUGAUUGUCAAACAAUGAAUAAUAAUUCACAAUUGAAAACAUCAAUCACAACACAAUCUGAUUUUCAAAACCGUCUCAAUGGUUUAGGAAGUCCUAUAAAAAAUGCUUGGCAAUUCGAUCUACAAGGAAAAGAAACUAACGUAACAGAAAUAUCAGUAUCACCGCCAACAACAAAUAUUGCUUCUAUAGCUACGACUACAAAUACUCCAUCUUCACAAUCAUCAUCGUUGUUGUCAAAUGUUCAUAAACCUUCUCUACCUGGUCCAAGUGGACCAGGUGGACCAAAUGUCAAUUUAACAGCUGACUGUUUACAUCCAAUCAAUCAAUAUAAUAAUGAUCACAAUCAUGAAGGAAAAACAAGCAAAUUAUCAAAUGAUUUAAACAUUUCAGAUCAAUCGAAACUGUCAUUCAAUAAUCGCAUGGCAACUUAUCGACUAAAACAUCCUCGAAUAAUUAAUAAACCUGAUGAAAAAUUAUUUGAAAAAGUAGAUUUUGUAGAUGAUCCAAUUUCAGAUCAAAGUACAACAGACAAUAGUAAAGUAAAUCAAUCAUGUGAAUUGGAAGAUUUAGAAAAUGGUCAACUUUUUGUACAAAAUUCUUAUCCUAUGAAUACAUUUAGAGAAAUGAAUAGAUCUGGUUCAUUACCAAUAUCAUCAUUAUUGAAUUUACAAGAAAAUAAACAUAUUAAUAAUAAUCAUGUUAACAAUUGCAAUGAUACAAAUAGCAUGAAUGUUUAUCAGAAAAAUCAUCAGACAGAUGAUGAAAUCAAUUGUUGGAAUGUCAAUGAAAAACCAGUGAUAAACAACAACAACAACAAUAGUCCAACAAUAAAUAAUGAACAAUUGAAAGAAGAAUUAGAUAUAGAAGAUGAUGAACAAGAUAUUGAAUUAGUACGUCAAAGUAUGUUACAAGUUAUAUUAACUUCAAAUACAAAUGAUUCUAAUGAUGUUGCUUUAUUAUCCGAUGAUAUGGAUGAUAUUUAUUCAAAUCAUUCAACAAUAUCAGAAAUUGAUAUAAAACUAUUAAAUAAACAAAAAUCAUUCAAUGAUCAUUUAAAUAAUCACAGAAAACGAUCAGUGUCAAUCAACCUCCCUAUUCAACGAAUUAGUAAAAUUGAACAACAAACUGAAGAAACCACAUAUAAUAGUUAUACUGAAAUGAAUUCAGUUUUCAGACAAUCACAUAAAAAUCAUACUAUUGAUGAUGUAACUAAUAAAUAUGAUGAUACUAAUGAUAAUUUAAAUCAUCCUGAAGAUAUAACAUCAAGUAGUGGUCAAUUACGUAAUUUUCUUAGUCGAUUAGAUAAUGUUUCAAUUGGAUGUACAACGAAUACAACAAAAGAUGAGAUUCGUAUGAUGGAUGAAAAGAAUACAGAUGAUGAAAUUACAGAAGAAUUAGAAGAUGAUGAUGAUGAUGAUCAUGGUGUUCAUGAUAUAACAACAGGAGUAAACACAAAACAAAAUCAUAAAGAAACAUUGAAUAAUGAAUGUCAAGAAUCAUUUAUUAAUAUAUGUAAAUCAGUUCAUGGUAGUCGUUUAGCUCGAGUUACAGAAGUAAACGAAUCGGAUUUUGAAAUUAGUGAAGAUGUUGAUGACGAUGAUGAUGAUGAUAGAAGCCUUAGUGAUGAUGACAAUGAUACUGACAGUGUUUUAGAUGAUUCCAGUGAAACUGAUAGUUUCAGUGAUAAUUCAUUCAUAAGUAAUGUAUCAAAAAAUUCACAUAAACAAAAAAUGAAUAAAAUCUACCAAAAGAAAGGAGAUAAUGAUUAUCAUAAUGAUAGAUUACACAACAACAGUAUCAUAAAACCAACAAUCAACAACAAUCAAUUAGGCGAUACACAAUUUCUUCGUUUAGAACAAAUGAGAGCUGAUUUAGAAGAAGAAUUAGGCUUUGAAUUAUUGAUUAAAGCUUACAAUGUCAUUCAGGCAUUACAAGAAGAUGAAGAUGAAACAAUUACAGAAAGUGAACAAAUUGUUACUAAUGUUUUAGGUGAAGAAAAAACUCGAAUUUAUUAUGAUCGUAUUUUACAAUUAGUUCUUGCUGAUGGUGCUUAUAUGGAUGAUGAAUAAACUACAAUCAAUCAAUCAUGAAUUUGAUGAUCAUGAAAAUAAUAAGAAAAUUAUGUAAUUCUCAUUGCUUAUUUUAUAGAAAAAUGAUCAUUUUAUUAUGUAACAUUUCAACUAGUCUAAUCAUUAUUUGGUGCAAUUUAUCAUCUACCACACAUACACACACAAAACCGCUAACCUUGUAAUCUAAAUGAAAGUUAUUUAAUAAAUACAUCAUCUUUAUGAUUAU